CACUGUGGACCAUGAGGAGCCGUGGAGCGGACGGACACACCGGUGGCAACAGCAGCAGGGGGUCGCAUGUUGUUACGUCACGUCCAUUUACGAGAGAGAUAACAUGAGCAACAGAAAGCGGAAAUCACAGAGCCAGGGAGAUGGAGCAGAGGGCCCAGACGGAGGCUGGGGCUGGGUGCUGGUCGUGGCGAUGUUCGUCAGUACCAGCCUGGUGUUUGGACUGAUGCGCAGUUUGGGGAUCUUCUUUGUGGAGUUUGUCCAGUUCUUUGAGGAGAGCGCUCAGGCCAUCUCCUGGAUCUCAUCUAUCGGCUUGGCAGCGCAGCAGUUCUUCAGCCCGCUCGGUGCAGCUCUAUGUAAUGCAUAUAAUACCAGACUGGUUGUGAUGACAGGAGGUUUUUUUUCCGGACUCGGACUUAUCCUUGCCUCACAGGCCACAUGCCUGGUUCACCUGUACCUUACUAUGGGAGUAAUCACAGGUUUGGGUUGGGGGCUGGUCUUCACCCCCAUGGUGGCCACAGUCAUGGCUAACUUCACUCGUAGACGAGCGCUGGCUGUGGGACUGGGUUUCUCUAGCAUCGGCCUUUCUUCCUUUGCUUUUAACCCGCUUUUCCAGCUGCUAGUGGAGACGUAUGCCUGGCGCGGAGCCCUGCUCAUCCUGGGGGGCCUCAGCCUCAACAUUAUGGCCUGCGGAGCCCUUAUCCGACCACAGUUUCGCUCUAAAGCCUCAACAAAGGUGGACUCACAGAGCAGAUCAUCACGGCCUGACCUCCUGCAGAGAGUCUCCUCCUACCUGGAGGUGUCAUUGCUUUGCGAGAGGCCCUAUCUCACCUACACCUUAGGUGUAACGCUUUUUAACUUCGGCUACUUUGUGCCAUAUUUCCACCUGGUGGCCCACAGCCGCCAGGUGGGCUUCUCCGAGUACCGGGCGGCAUUCAUCGUGUCAGCUGCAGGCGUCACAGACAUUUUUGGCCGAAUUGCGUCAGGCUGGUUCUCGGACUUGGGGCGCUUUCGGGCGCUGCAUCUGCUGACCUUGUGGACUUCUUUGGCGGGAGUCUUCAUCAUGCUGCUGCCCGUCAGCUCCUUGACGGGCUCCUAUGCUGUAAUGAUUGUGAUCAGCCUUCUCUACGGUUUCUGCUCCGGCGCUUUGACCUCCAUGGUGUUUGCUGUGAUGCCGAUGAUCAUGGGCGUGGAGCGCAUGAUGGGAGGCCUUGGGCUAUUACAGCUGAUCGAGAGCUGUGCAGGGCUGCUGGGUACUCCCCUGUCAGGUUGGCUCAGAGACGUGACAGGAAACUACACGGCCUCCUUUGUGGUCGCCGGCUCUUUUGUGCUCCUCGGUAGUUUGACCAUAACCACGCUGCCUCACUACUUCUCCUGUGUGGAGCCUCCAUCUCCUCAGAGACCCGUCGUCGUUGACAAGAGCGAGACUUUGAAUUUAGAGCUAGGACAGAAGGACGGCUGCUCGUCUGAACUCAACUAUCAACCCGUGGAACCAAAAGAAAGGUGA